CGUGCAACACACCUGUUAAUAAUGUGAAUACACCAUUACACCUAUCUUGAGAGGGGUUGUCAGCAUUAGAAGCCCUAGCCUUCCAAUUGCAGUCCGGUCUUGUAAGGGAGCAGUGUAGCGAUGGAUCGAGAGUGGGGUUCGAAGCCGGGGAGUGGAGGAGCCGCUUCCGCACAGAAUGAGGCAAUUGACCGCCGCGAACGGCUGCGGAGGUUAGCCCUCGAGACUAUUGACCUCGCCAAAGAUCCGUAUUUUAUGCGUAACCACCUCGGGAGCUAUGAGUGUAAGCUCUGCUUGACCCUGCACAACAAUGAGGGCAACUACUUGGCUCAUACUCAAGGGAAGCGCCACCAGACAAAUUUGGCUAAGAGAGCUGCUCGUGAAGCCAAAGAGGCGCCUGCUCAGCCGCAACCUCAUAAACGCAAAGUCUCGCUCAAAAAGACAGUGAAAAUUGGGAGGCCUGGCUAUCGAGUGACAAAGCAGUUUGAUCCAGAAACAAAGCAGAGAUCUCUUCUUUUUCAGAUUGAAUAUCCUGAGAUUGAAGACAAUACAAAGCCAAGGCAUCGAUUUAUGUCCUCCUUUGAGCAGAAAAUCCAGCCAUUCGAUAAAAGAUAUCAGUUUCUAUUGUUUGCUGCGGAACCAUAUGAGAUCAUUGCUUUUAAGGUUCCAAGCAUUGAGAUUGACAAAUCAACUCCAAAAUUCUUCUCACAUUGGGAUCCAGACACAAAGAUGUUCACUUUGCAAUUACACUUCAAGACAAAGCCCCCAGAAGCUAAUAAACCUCAAUCAGCUCCGAUUGCCAAUGGGACUGAAACUCCUGCACCACCAACUCAGGCUCCACCUCUGCCACCCUUGCCACCACAAGGACACCCACCUGGAGCUCCACCACCUCACGGCCCCCCUUCAUUUUCUGGAUCAGUCCCACCUCCACCUCCACCCAUGACUAAUGGACCUAGAUCCAUGCCUUCAGGUAUCAAUAUGCCUGCUCCUCCCCACUCUCCUGCCAGCGGUGGCAAUUUGCCGAAUUUCAUUCCGAGUACAAUGAUGGGUAGGCCCCCAAUGAUGAUGCAUCAUCCACAAGGUCAACCAGGUCAAGGAAUGCACCCACCACCCCCUCCGCCAAAUAUGGGUUGAUGGUGAGCUCAAGUUUAUCAUUGCUAAACAGUUGGAGUGUGCUCUAUUUAGCUAUAUGAUACCUGGAUUGCCUUGAUGUGUAACUAGCACUUGUUUCUCACUUUUUAAUUUAACACGUGCUUUCUAAACCCCAUUGAUAAUAUUCGGUUUACCAAUUUUAUUUCAUUUUUAAAUCAUUUUGAUGUUAUGUUUAUAUUUAAUCCGGUGCCCCACAUUUGUUUUAGACGUACUAUCUUAUUCUUACUUGUUACCUUCUUUUUAAUACUGUUUGCCACUAUUAA